AACCCUAACCUUCUCUUCAAUCUCUCUCCCUCGUUCGCUCUCACGUAGGGAUAGUGAGGGGUCUUCUUCUUUCUGUUAUUGUUUUUCAUUUUUUCCACUCUUCUUUUUUUCUAUUUUUUCUCCUGCAGACGCUUGAAACUCUCUAACCUAAGUUAAUCUCUUUCGGAUUCGAAGAAAUGGGAGAGGUAAGGGAGAACGAUGCUUACGAGGAAGAGCUUCUCGAUUACGAAGAAGAGGAAGAGAAGGCCCCUGAUUCCGUCGCGGCGAAGGGUACCGGCGAAGCAGCAAAGAAGGGCUAUGUUGGAAUUCACAGUUCAGGGUUCAGAGAUUUCCUUUUGAAGCCAGAGCUUCUUCGAGCUAUUGUGGAUUCAGGGUUUGAGCAUCCUUCAGAAGUGCAACAUGAGUGCAUCCCUCAGGCCAUUUUGGGAAUGGAUGUCAUCUGCCAGGCCAAGUCUGGGAUGGGAAAAACUGCUGUUUUUGUUCUAUCUACUCUGCAGCAGAUCGAGCCUGUUGCUGGCCAAGUUGCUGCACUUGUUUUAUGCCACACAAGAGAAUUAGCAUACCAGAUCUGUCAUGAAUUUGAGCGAUUCAGUACCUACUUGCCUGAUAUUAAGGUUGCUGUUUUUUAUGGUGGUGUAAAUAUCAAAACUCACAAGGAUUUACUUAAAAAUGAGUGUCCUCACAUUGUUGUUGGAACACCGGGGAGGAUAUUGGCACUAGCAAGAGAUAAGGACCUUGCAUUAAAGAAUGUGAGGCAUUUUAUCCUUGAUGAGUGUGACAAGAUGCUUGAGUCAUUAGACAUGCGGAGAGAUGUACAGGAGAUUUUCAAGAUGACUCCUCAUGAUAAGCAAGUUAUGAUGUUUUCUGCAACACUCAGCAAAGAGAUCCGACCUGUUUGCAAGAGAUUCAUGCAAGAUCCAAUGGAAAUAUAUGUUGAUGAUGAGGCCAAGUUGACCCUUCAUGGUCUUGUACAGCACUACAUCAAAUUGAGUGAUCUGGAGAAAAACCGGAAGUUGAAUGACCUCCUUGAUGCGUUGGACUUCAAUCAAGUUGUUAUCUUUGUUAAAAGUGUGAGCAGAGCAGCCGAGCUGAACAAAUUACUUGUGGAAUGCAAUUUUCCAUCAAUCUGCAUCCAUUCUGGAAUGUCACAGGAAGAAAGACUGACACGCUACAAAGGAUUCAAGGAAGGGCACAAAAGGAUUCUUGUUGCAACGGAUCUGGUUGGCAGGGGGAUAGACAUUGAACGAGUUAACAUUGUUAUCAAUUAUGACAUGCCAGAUUCUGCUGAUACUUACUUACAUAGGGUUGGUAGAGCUGGUCGUUUUGGCACCAAGGGUCUUGCAAUUACAUUUGUUUCAUCUGCUUCUGACUCUGAUGUUCUCAAUCAGGUUCAGGAGCGGUUUGAGGUAGAUAUUAAAGAGCUCCCUGAACAGAUUGAUACUUCUACAUACAUGCCAUCUUGAUGUUCAUUGAACCAGCAUAAAAGCUUCAGUGUAUAUUCAUCAGAGGGAAGAGAGCAGGAUUGCAUUGCUUUAGUACAGUAGUAUUUGGUGCACAAAUAUUUAAGGAUGUUGUUAUUGAUCUUAGUGCUCCGGUGUAGGUUAACUUCAUUUGUUAGAACUUGGAAGGAUGCAGGGAGAAAGGGCCAUUUAUCUGUUUUGCCUAAUUAAUAUGGUGGCUUAGAACUUGAGAAGUUGAGAACUUGAGAUCGAGGAAGGCUGUAUGACAUGCCAUAAAGAGUUAGUUGAACAGUUCAUCUUUAAUGUACAACUAGACUAGAGAUGCAGCUUUGCUAGCUUUGAAUUAUUGCCACAUCUUUUCACCCAACUCGACUGGACUAUGUAUUGCUGUGUGACAUCAAGUAAGCGACUAGAGUACAAUUUUACAAGCACAUCUUCAUAAACAGAUUGAUUGUUUAAGAUUAAAAUUUGGCACCA